CGCGCCAGCACUGUGUGUAAGGUGACAUAUAUGGGUUGAAUGGAUUGACCACAUCACGACACAGGCAUGCCAUGCAGAGAAGGAUAGGUCGGUCACAACCAACACGGAUACACGACAUGCAAGCGUUAGGUAGGGUAGGUAGCCAGGCGCAAAAAGGCACUCACUGGGGACGGACGGUAUGCAUGGCAUGGGUCACACGACACGGGAAGAGAGAAAGUCCAUCCAUCCAUCCAGCCAAGCCAAGCACCAGAGAUAGGCACGGACAUGCAUGUAGCCACGAGACAGACCACUCAUACAUCAGACAGACGCAUACACGCACUACAGGACACCACACGUACGCUUAUUGCGAUCCCUCGUCAAACUCCGCCGGCCAUCCAUUCAUUCAUUCGUCCACACCACACCACACCACACACCCCCUAUGCGUGUGUCUCGUUCGUCCCCUGUAGCUAGCUAAUUACUCACCGUCCGCAUUGGAACAGGAAUCGUAAUGGAUCUACCCUACCUACCGUCGCAUCACCGUGCUGAUCUCACAGUUCCAUCUCCCCAUGGAUGGCAUGGAUGGCAUGCAUGGCAUGAAUGCAGAAAAUACACUCGUCACCUCACCGCAUGGCAUGCAUCACGUUGCACCCGAACAUGCUCCCCUCCCGCGCCCAUCCCGAUCUGCGCUCAGGCACCUCACCUCAGGAGGAGAGGAGACGGACAGGACAGAGACAGUGAAAAACAAACACAACACACCCCUUUUGUCAAAACACAACGAACGCCAAGAAAACACAUAUUGACGCGGCUGGAAGCACCCGGAGAGACGAAUACAUCGUAGGUACCUAGAGGUCGGCAUCUCCCGCGUGCUGGUCGAGCCGCCGUGCCUUGGCCCCCGAUGUUGCGUAUUUGGGGUUGUUGUGCCGCUCGAGGAAGGCCACCCCAGGGUUGGUAUCCGGGUCGAUGCCUCUCUGCUGCAGCUGCUUUUCCCAGGCAGAGGGGCACUUGAUGUCGCGUAUCGACAGGCGCAUGUUGAACGCACACAUGUUGCCACGGGAGAUGCCGUUGCAGUUCUCGGUCGCGCGUGCCAAAUACCAGAGUGUGGAACCUGAAAGCGAGAGGCACAGUGGCACGAAUCCGUGCGUCUUUCUGUGAUUGUCAGUCAGAUGGGUUGGCUGACCUGUCGUGCACAUGGGGAAGCUUGCUGGGUCGGAGUCACUACAUGUGCCUGGGGGGGCUGCCGAUGCAGUGAAGGCGAAGGGCGACUUCUGACCCGCCCCCGUGUACUGCACCCCACCCCACACACACACAAACGACAUACGAUAGAUACGCGGACGGAUGUGAGGUGAGUGUGAUGUUCGCUGAAGGAUGCUUGUGUGCUGUGCUGACAGACCCUGAAGUCUAGUCGAUUGGCGUUGAUAGCUGCCCAUGUCCCUUGGUCAAAUUGGGUGGGGGCGAUGCCUUCCCUGGGUGGCCGAACGGUCCUGCUGAGGAAGAGCGCCUUGAUGUGCUGGAAGCUCUUGAAGUAUACAUCCUUCUUGUACACCGGGAACAGGUCGCCCUCGCGACCGUAGUUCUCACCCGUGCCCACAAAACGCCAGAUGCCGUCGAAGGUCUGUGGCUGCAUGUCCACGCUCCCCGCCAUGCACCUCUUUUUCCGUGGGUCGUUCUCGAUGCACGACGCCUCGAAACCAGUCACCAACACGCACUCUGACGGCAGACAUAAGAGCUGUAUAUGUCAUAGUCUUCUGAUAGUUGUGACUGUCUGUGCUCUUGUUACGUGCGUAUUUCAGGGUUUGCUUCUGCGCCAGAGUCAUAUUGACGGGGGGUCCGGUGCCGUAUUGCACCUCUGCAUAAAUCGACAGCAAGAAGCACAAGGCAGGGCUCUCAAUCAGUCAAAUUGUCAAUAAUCAGUCAAUCGGAUCCCUUGCUUGGUCACUGACCUUUCGCCGCCUGUUUCUGCUUGCACAGCUCCCCCUGACAGAGCAUGGCAGCAGGGUCCAUGGCCGCAAGCUUUUGCACCUCCUUGAAGGCGUCAAGGGCCACAUUCUUGGCACCGUCAAGGAACUCCUUGGGGGUCUCCCCCGACACGGCCGGCCGCAGCGCAGGCAUCGGUGGCGGCUUCUUGAGUGCAGGUGCCCCUGCUGCCUCAGCUGCCAUGCCAAGUGUGCCCAGUGCGCCGCCAAACCCGCCUAUGACGCCAUCAGACUCGCUCACAGCCGCGUUUCUGUUCACAGCCGGGUUUCUGUUGACGAU